AUGUUCCAAAAUUGACAGUUAGUUUUCGCCACGUUGAGUUUCAAAGUUUGCUAAUGAUUUUAAACCGUGAUAAACUAGAAAAGUAUAUUUUGGAGAACGAAAAUCUUAUUUGUGCUUGUUGGAUGAGUAUGAAAGAUUUGUUCACAAAUUGCAAUUGAAUUGACGUGGAAGACUUUAUACUUUUUGAAUUCGUGUUUCCAGUUGUCUCGUUAAAGAUGCCUUCGAGACACACUUACCGUGAUGGAGCGUCGCGAGCUGUCGCCCUCCACGCCUAACAGCCGCGGCAUGGACAAGUAUGAACAGCUGGCAGUGGUGGGAGAGGGGUCGUACGGUGUGGUACUGAAGUGCCGUCGGCGUGACAAUGGUCAACUUGUCGCCAUAAAGAAGUUUCUUGAGACCGAAGAAGACGCCGCCGUUCGCAAGAUGGCGCUGCGCGAGAUAAGGAUGCUCAAGAAACUACGUCACGACCACCUUGUGAACAUGAUCGAGGUGUUUCGUCGCAAGAGACGAUUCUACCUCGUGUUUGAGUAUCUGGAUCACACACUUUUGGAUGAGCUGGAGCAAUCAACAGGUGGACUUGGAGAAACUACAGCUAAGAAACACUUGUAUCAGUUGUUAAAGGGAAUUGAUUACUGUCACCAGAACUCUAUUAUUCACAGAGACGUCAAACCGGAGAACGUGUUGAUAUCCAACAAUGGCAUCGUGAAGCUGUGUGACCUGGGCUUCGCGAGAGCCCUGGCCGCUCCCGGCGAGCCGUACACAGAGUACGUCGCUACGAGAUGGUACAGGGCUCCAGAAUUGCUGGUUGCUGAACACAGGUACGGCCCAGAGGUUGAUAUCUGGGCCAUCGGCUGCCUGUUCUCCGAGAUGUUAACGGGGGAUCCUUUAUUUCCUGGAGACUCUGACAUUGAUCAGCUCGCUCUCAUCAUUAAGACUGUCGGAAAGUUAGCCCCAAGACAUCAGCAAAUAGUGUCCCGGUUAGCUGGCGGCGCAGCCUUAAACUCACAAGUGGGGCGUGGCAACAACAUUCCCGGGACGGGCCAUGCCAAAGAGUUGCUGUCAGCUUGUUUGCGCACAGAGCCUAGGGCCAGACCUUCGGCUGCAGCGUUAUUACGACACAAGUACUUUUUGGCUGAUGGAUUUGUGGAGCAAUUUACGUUGGAGCUUCGAAAGAAAACUGGAAAGAAUGCUAUUGAGGUCGCGACGCCCCAACCACAUCAGGGUACCACCGGCCGGUUGGGAGCUAAGCCUCGGCAGCAAUGGACAUUGAAUAUUAUACCGGUAACCAUGCUGACGACAGGAGGUGGCGGUGUAGGAGAGUCGUUACCUCCCGCUGCGAAACCGCAGCAGUCGCGCUCACUCGCCAAAGCUCUCAAUGAAACUUUCCAGACGUUCUCGGUGCCAGUCAACAACUUUCCUCGUACUCCGUACAUCAAAAAGGUCAAUAACAAGUUGGUGAUGGACGAAGAGUUGCUACGGGGUCGCGUCAUGGCCAAGAAAGCCAAUAAGAAGGCUCCUGUGGACUUCUCGUUGCCCUAUGUGCCUGGAGCAAGCAACAGUCCAAUGAAGAAGGCCAAAAAGCCGCACACGCAGAAUACGAUGACCAAGUACGAUACCUGGGAGAGUGCCCGUGGUGUUGACACAACGGGCAUGAAGACGCCAACCAACCUUCCGUACAUGUGACUAUACGACCUCGGCUACUGGCGAGCCUACUACUAACAUCCAAAAACUAAAAAAAACAUUGGCCAUUAUAUUAUGUGAAAAUAUUACACACUUAAGCGUUCAUCCUGUUGGUUGAUAACAAGAUUAUUUUACACGAGCCUACUUUUCGGAACGAUUUUUAAAUCGAGUAGUGUCAUUAAUGUUUUAAUUUUGAAAAGUAAUUUUAUUUAAAUGUCUAACUAAUUUUAUUAUGACUUAAAAUUGGGCUCUCAGUUUUUUUUAUAAGUAAUGUUAUACUACAAUUCAAAUUAAUUGGAAGCGGUCGUCUAUCAUAUGUAUAUGUAUAUGUAUAUGGUAGAACAUAUUGUAGUAAUUAAGUUAUAUGAUGGUGUCCUUAGUUUUUGUUUAAAUUAUUAUCCUGUCGAUGUUCAUCAACCGUUGUUUAAAAUGUUAAUGAAAUUGUCUUAUGCCGUUGAUAACAAAUUGCUAAUUGGCGUUACACACGGUCUGAUUUUUUAAUAUGAUAAUUUCACUAUUUUGCACGUUAGCUUGUGAAGUUUUAUUCUCAUAAAAGUGUCACAUUUAAACAUAUAAUAAAUCCGUCCGUAUGUUAAACUUGAAUUUCACAGUUAAUAUGAUGGCCAAUUCAGAAUUUAUAAAGACUGUAAACAAUUACUUUUAAUGCAAUAGUGAUAGUUGUUUUACACAAGGGUUCAUAGAUGAUUUCUAAUGUUUAUUUAUAUUCUGUUAGGGUCAAAAACAAAAAG